CUGCGGUAAUGUACACUCUCAGCGAUAUAAAGCCCUCCUAAGCAAUCGCCACCAAAGAGAAUAUAAAAGAAAAUAAUAAACAACGACUUGAAUAUCUCUUACGAACAUAUAAAUCGAUUAAAAAAAAAAAAAAGAAAAGAAAAUAACUAAAAAAUAUAUUAAAAAGAUUUCUACGAUUUUAGAAAACGAUUUAAACUUAGAUGCAAACGAAUUUUCUCAUUAAUAUUUAACAAAAAUUUGUUAUUCAUCGUUGAUUAUGAGUAAAAGGGUAAAAUAUUCUUUAUACUUAUCCUUUAACAUACGUUUUAAAUUUUAAAAGGCUACUAAAACAACAAAUACAUCACAUUAUUCAAACGACACACGAUCGAAACAAUCAAAAAGAGUUGCCAAGUCAUACAAAACGAAAGAAACAGCCCAAGCAAGACAAAAGAUUAGUCUGCAAAACUCUUCGAUUCGAACGUAUUUUAAGUAAAAACUAUUAUGAAAUUAAACUCACGUAUAUGUCCACGUUAUGUGCGAGAAUAAUCGCACAGCAAAUGUUUAAUUUUACAUUUAUAUGCCAAUUGUGAUACUUGAAAUUAUAUAAUCAUUAUAACCAAUGCUUUAAUUAUUAAAAAAAAAAAAAAAAAAAAAAAAAAAAAACAAAUACAAAGCCGUUUAAGAAUUAUGUUUCGCCAAUAAACACAUACAUCCAUCAUAACUCAGAUUUAAAAUUCAGGAAAGUAUUUCGUCCACUUCACAAUCGGAAGAAAUAUUGCUAAUCUGCUGCAGAAUAUGGCUGAAAAAAUAGAACAAGCUGAACAAUCGUUACAUAUCAACCACAAUGAAGGACGCAAAGUACGUAAAUCGCCCGAAUAUCAAGCGCAACAGCAACCUCUUGUCGUACCCGCUAGCAUAACAAGAGAACGUAGCUUCGUACGCACAUCGAACCAACAAAACCUUAACAAGAGGCGCAGCUUGGCUUUCAAUUUACAGGCUAGUGUGAAUCAAUCGGGUCAAGUACGUGGCAAACCCACUAUGGAUAUAUAUAGGCCACCUAGUAUUCGAUCCGGGCUUAUGUGUUAUUAUAUAUAUUUGAAAUGCAAACAUAUACACAAAUGUAUCUUAAUGUUAGAUGUUCGUAAUGAAAACUUGAAUAAAUUGAAUGUUCAUGCCCAGGAAUUUACGUAUCCGUUGGUGGCCAGUACGAGAUCAACACCCACGAACGACAUCUAUAAUAAUCGUUCAUCGAUGGUUUUUCCGAAUAAUUCAUCGGCAUCGGCAGCAUUGCAAUCAAUGCAAUACGUAGCUGCAACAAAUGCAAUGGCUAAUCGCCGCCAGGCGGGGCUCUCUAUCGGUAGCAUGCCCAUAAGCAACAUGAAUGUUAAACAUCACCAUCGUCCGAUUCUAGUAACUCACUCACAUCCUAUGCAAAUGAAUCAUAUGUCCGGCGGUAUGGUUCAACAGGUGCCUUUGCUGAAUUCACCAUCAGGCGGCAAUGUGUUGCACCAAGCGUCUAAUACGAAUCGAGUUAAAUUUGCCCCGGAGCCGCAAAAAAUGCAUAACAAAUCGCACCUGAACAUGAUGCAUAUAGUGCAUAUGAAUAAUGCAUUAAAUCAAAAUUACCAACAACAGCAACAAUUGAACGCCAUGAAUCAAUACAUAAUGGCAAACAAUCAGCAAAUCAAUCAAAAUGGUCCGAUCGAUUCGCACGCUGCCAUGAGUGUCACGCCAUUACAACGCUCAAAAUCUCUAUCGUCAGCCGAUGCUUUAACACGAGGCAUUGCUGGCUUGGGCUUGGGGCUCGGUAACGAAAUAACCGAUAUCGGUCAAUUUACACCCGAAGUACAAGCCUUGGUCGAUGCCGCUCUCGAAGAUCCAAAUAAAUUGAAUUCACGCAGCCUAAUGGAACUGAGCUCACAUUUUAUCAAACGUGCUGUAGAGGGGCGUCGUUACGCUCUACCAAUUUCUAGAAUAUGCUUAAACAUUAUCGCUAAAGAACAAAAGGAAACAUUUUUAGAGGCCAUCUUAAAUACCUGCCGCCAAUGGUAUCAAGAGCGAGAAAAGUUACUCUUUCUGAUUCAAGGAAUGAAGUCGCCCUCUCGAGCUCGUUUUACCGCGUUUAUGGCAUUUCUAACCGAAAUGUUUUGCCAGUUAAAACGACGACAAUUACAAUUGCGCACCCAAUGCGAAGGUGCCCCACCACCCCUGGUACUACUCACCUUACUUUCCAAAUGCUGCGAAGAUUGCGUAAAACCACCUGUCAGAUCUUUAUCUGAGAUUGAAUGCUUAUUCUAUGUGCUUACAUGCAUUGGACAAGAUAUGGAAAUGCAAUUACCUCAACAAUUGGAGCUUUUACUCUCUAUGAUACGCGAUGCCUUUUUGAAUGCAAGCGAUUCAGCUCCAGCCAUACGUCGUACACUAUUACAAUUGAUUGAAUUGCAGGCUUCACAUUGGCAAUUGCCCGGCAACACUGUGCUCUAUUAUUAUCCUUCAGCCAAAUAAAUAAAUUUCUGACUUGUACUUGGAUGCAAUAAUUUUAAUCGAAUCCAUUUUUUCUAUCAUAUUAUUAGCAUUAAAUCCGAUCCUUCAAUCAUUCAUAUUUUGAAACAAAUCAAUUAAUUGAAAAAUAAUUUCUCUAUAUAAAAUAUAUAAUUUUUUUGCAUUUACAUAUAUAAAUGCAAAUUUUUAGUGACAUCAAAUAAUAAUACAUUUUAAAAAAAAUAAUAAUAAUAAAAGAGAAAACACCUAUAUAAGUUAAAAUUACUAACAACAUUAUAGAGAUCAGAGAUUUCAACAAAAAAGAAAAAAUAGCAAAAAAAACAAAGAAAAAUGUUUUCAUUCUUAAAUGCUCAACAGCUUCAUAUGAGUUAAUAUUGAAAAUCUCUGCUUUAUAUUUUAAUCUAUUAUUUAUUUAUUAAUUCAAAACAAUCUCGUAUAAACAUCUUACAUACACACAUUCAUUACCUAUGUUUAUCGGACUUGAAAAAGAUAUAUUGCAAAAAAAAAUUUCGGGAUUUUGCGAUAAUAAAAAAUCUUGUUAAUAAAAUAGCGGAAAUCUAUUUUCCAUUACUAUAUAUACGCAACUGAUUAAAUGUUAAUUUAGGAAAAAAAAAUCAUGUUAUAUACUCUUUAAUCCCAAAUAAGAUAUUCAUAUACACAAAACCUAUACAUCAUUUAUUUCUAAACUAGUCAAAAAACUAUUACAUACACAUAUACACACAUCUACACAACAAGCC